AUGUAUCUCAGCGUUGUCCACCCAAACAAAAAUUAUCACCAUCAAACACUGCUCCAAGAGGUAACAAAAGCCAAUCCUUAUGUCUCAGAAACGUCACUAAAUCCUGACUCUGCAUCUACCUUGCAGCCCUCAAAAUCCACCGGGAUACCCGACGAAAAUAUCUUGAAGUGCAAUCUUUCUCAACUUGACGAUAAAUCAAGUCUCAUAAAAACCCUUCCAUCAGUUCCGGUCCGUAAGCAAGAACCCAACAGAGUACAUAUGUUUCGUCAUUUAAGGGAACCGGACAAACGGAUGGACGUACUUUCCAAACUCGGACACAAUGUUUUGCUCAACGCAUGUUUGUGA